AUGGGUGGUUUCUCUAGCAUGGAUCCAACUGAAUUUGGAACACGGGAACGGAGUGGUGUGAUUAGUUCGAGGCAAUUCUCGGAGCAGAGAGAGAACUGCGCUUUUCAUAUGGAAACCUGCAAACUUUGUAGUGUUACCGAAGCAAAGAUAGGCUCCAAGAUGAAAAUAUGUUCAACAUAUGGAGGGAGGGGCAGCAAAUGGAGCUUUCAAAUUGCUGAAAUCUUUAUUUCCGUGGAUUUAUUUAUUGAUUGGGUGACCGAGUGUCUGAAGGAGGCAGUUUGUAUAAUUGAGGCUAGCGCUUUGACAAUUCGUGUAGCAGUUGCGGUCUAUCUUUAA